AUGUACGAAGAGGAGAGCAGAACAAGUGGAAGAGAUUUCGGUGAGGAAGGUGGAGGAAGGUGGAGGAGAGGAGAGGAGGUUGGCCGGUAUGACAAUUCCUCCGGGGGAUUGAUUGAAAGGAGAAUGGGGGGGAAAAAAAGAAAGAAAGAAAAAAAAAAGAAACUCAGUUUAAAUCCCGCACUCCUCGGGACCAUCGGCACGCCAACCACGGUCAAUGGGGGCUCGUUUUCACAAGAAGAGGUUGGAAAUUUGGGGCAAAGAAAGGCAAAACAACCCUGCGAGGAACGUAAAAAAGAUGUUCCAGAGAGAAUGGGAGAAAAAGAAAAGGUACAACAGAUUGUAUGUAUUGCCUGCUUUGUCAACGCUGUUGAUGCGGAGUAA